AAAAACCGUUACAACCAGUCUCCAUCAGAUUUCCAAUCAUGCCCAUUAAUUUAAUACACGAAGAUCAAUAGUCGGUCCACAAUGAUACGGACUCGUUGUGUUGCCCCCAAGCACUCAAUCUCAUGACAAAAAUACAGCUGAACUUCUUAACAGACAAUGCACGGGGUGAAAAUCGAACACGAUUAAAAUCGUCAAGGACUCAACGGCUGCCAGUUACUCAUAAUUAUUGACGUCAUUAUACCGUCUCUACUAGUGUUUAUUAAAGCUGUGGCAUGUAACCAAUUAAGGCGAUUUUCGUCAUCAAAUUCGGAUUCUGCCGCACCUAAAGCAUUUUACCCUGACGGUAGAUUGUUAAUUCCAGACAGUGUCAAAGUGUAGAGCAAACAGUGUCUUUCAGAUAUCUCCACAAUCUUUGAUGUCUUUAACAUGUUUAGAAUCAGAAUUUUCAUUGCUUAUGCAACAAUAACCUGGAUUGUCAAUGCGACGAAAGACCAGGCUUUUUAUGGGCAGUUCCUGACUUGUCCUACCGGCUGGUUAAAAUGGCAGGAAUCCUGCUAUAUCUUGCUACCUCGAAAGAUGAAUUUCAAUAACGCUUCCAGAGUUUGCAAUGAGCCUGGGACUACAAUGAUCGUGCCCGAUUCACAGGAGGAGCAUGACUUCAUUUGGCAUAAAAUGAAGAUCUGGAUGCAGCAACACGGCGCCGUAAAUGAUAGCGACCUGCAAGUGUGGAUCGGUUGUAAAAACACAGACACUUCUCAGCUAAGGUGUCAGGGAGAAACAGACAUUCACACUUACCGGAACUGGGGCCCGUCCCAGCCAGACAGUGAAUCUGAGAGAUGCGUACGAAUGGCUGAAAUGUUUGGCGGUAAAUGGGGCGAUCACAGUUGUGGCAUGCUAUUCCAUGUUGUCUGUGAAAGAAAGGCAAAUUUCCCUGGGCAUUGCCGUUCCCUUGCUCACUUCGUUCGGGUUCCACAGACAUGUCUGCUCAACCACGACUACAAAUCCUCUCACGUUCGAGGGUUUGAAGAGUGUGCCUUGAUGUGUUGGGUAGAGCCUUUAUGCUAUUCCUUCAAUCUCUUACACCGAGGUGACGGAGAGCUGAUCUGCCAGCUCAAUCAUGCAGGUAUCGCCGAGGCAGAUGAAGUUCACGUCGAUAUUCAGAACAAUUGUUCCUUGUACAUCAAGUAGGAACUGUAUCCGACAACCGUUGUAACAUUCUCGGGGACGGUCUUCGUCUUCACAUGGCAUUGUGGUUUCGAAAGAUUAACCUAAAUUGUUUUCAACCCAUUCACUCGAAACGAAAAACUCGAAAAUUUCUAAGGGCUGUUUUAUUGAAUGUGCGUUACGUCUGUAGUGAUAACCCCUUUCCUUUGCUAUUUAUUGGUGUUCAUAGUUAUCUUAAAAGAAAAUUUAAGAUGAAUUUUGACAGAUCUAUGUCAUUGUUUUUAUGUUGUAAGGUCACUAUUUGAAUGCUUUGUAUUAAAACUAGAUAUUUACUCUUUAGUCUAGAGUGUGUAUGGGGAUUGUACAGGUAAGGGGGGUACCCCUCCGUCCCAUAUCUUACAUGGUGUAAAAGUAAGGCCAUUCAGAAUACGAGUGACUGAGCACGUGUGUCCUGUCUUGGUUCAGGGCAGCACGUGAAAACUUAUCUGUUUCGUGGAUCUAGCUGGGAGGUCCAUCUCCCUGCAAAAACCAGAUUAGAGACAGAGGGACACAAGACUGUU